UCGGAUACAUAUAUAAAGAGAGCGAGAGAGAGAGAUGGCUUAGCUGAAUUCAACAAACAAAUUGUCAUAGUUUGCUUAUAUACUUUAACAUAAUGACUUGUGUUCAACGAAAUAUCGUCCACAAUCCGACACUACAAAAUACUGAUACAUUUGUCAUGGACUGCGGAAAUGACAAAGUAUUUAGUGAAAUAGAAAAUCUUCGGCUAAUGAAAUCCGAAAAGAGGAGACUGGAAACCUACUGGAACUGGCCUUCUGCGUCGUGUCAGCGACCACAGGCGCUCGCCAGAGCGGGGUUAUUCUACACUGGGGAGUCCGACAGAGUACAGUGUGCAUUUUGUAGGGGCGUGUUAAAGAACUGGGAGUCUUACGACGAACCGAUGUUAGCUCAUAAGGUCCAUUUUCCGCGGUGUCUGUUCGUCCUGGGUGAAGAUGUAGGUAAUAUUCCUAAAGAACGCCCCCUUCCUUCAGAAUACCCCCUUGAACCAACUCAACAAGUGACAAAGAAACCCGGGGAUAUGACUGUAGAGAAUAAUCGAUUGAACUCGUUCUUUGCGUGGCCCUCGGGUCUGUCACAAACGCCGGACAGUCUUGCGCGUGCCGGUUUCUAUCACGUGGGAGACAGCCAAAAACCGGACAGGGUGAAGUGUGCGUAUUGCCAGGGUCGGUUAUACGACUGGCAGCCUAGGGAUGACCCAUGGGUGGAGCAUGCGCGAUGUUUUCCAAGAUGUCCGUACAUAAAAUUAUGUCUGGGUCAAAACUUUGUUCAUGAUAUCCAAGUGCAAGAACAAGUAGUAGCAAGCAAAUCAAAACAAACCAGUCCAGAGGUUCUCGCUAGAAGCAACGAGCCAUCCACAGAAUCGAGGAAUGUGGUAACCCAGAGUAUUACUGAACAACAAACUUCCAUUAACGAAACGGUAAGGAAUGAAGUCGAAGAAGCCAUGAAAAGUCACCAGGUACAAGCGGUGCUAGAAAUGGGAUAUUCAAGAGAUUUGGUCCGGUGUGUCGUGGAAUCCAAGAUUAGAGAGACUGGGACUGGAUUCACAUCGUCUAUCGACUUAGCAUCAGUUCUUUUAGAACGAGAAAAUCAGACUGCCACAGCCAGUGCGAGGACUGCUAGUAAUUCCGAGGCAGGAGGUAGUGAGACAAACCAAGUGAGAACUAGUGUGUCAAAGAUGGAACAUUCUGAAAUGUCCGAACUGCAAGAGAGGUAUCUGUGUAAAGUGUGCAUGGAGAACCAAAUCCAGGUGACAUUCGUCCCGUGUGGCCAUCUUGUUUGUUGUGGACAGUGCGGACUGGUUAUGGAACAGUGUCCGAUUUGUAGGACUAGUAUAUCGGGAAUGGUUAAAACAUAUUACUGAUCACCAGGGCCCAGUUGUUCAAUUGGUUGUUAUCUUAACCAGUGGUUUUAAACAGGAAGUUUUCAAAACCAACGACUGAAUACAAGUAAUGAUGUAUCCAUACACAAUCCAAUCUAACAUUUAGUUUGUAUUUAUGCCAAAAAUAAAUAAAUCUGAAAAUGAAAACAUUGCACAAACCCAGGGUUAAUUUAACUAUUCUUUGAACAACUAGACCCAGGGAAUUGUAUGUAACACAACCAUCAAAUUGGUCAUGGCUAGCAGGAGUCGGCUUUUAGCACAUCUGUCGAUGGGCAGAUGCCGCAGCUUCAAGGUAUGUGUCCAGAAUGAGCUGAUAGGAAGUCUAUUCAGAAUCCUGUGAAGGGAGCGGAAGUGACACGGAGUCGGUCAGUCAGAUGAUUUGGAACUGGAUCUUGCUCAGUGGCUAGAGUACUCGACUGAGGUGCGAUGGAUCGGAGGAUCGACUCCCCUCGGUGGACCGUUAGACCUUUUUUUCGUUCCAACCAGUACUCCACAGCUGGUAUGUCAUAGGGUCGUGGACCGUGUUGUCCAUGGUGGUUAGACCAUCGUGUUGUACGGCCGGAAGAUCAUGAUUUAGUAUCAUUGUCGGCCUAAAGUCACAGUGCAAUGUUCAAUAUGCAGUUGUCCAUUACACUAAGAAUCAUUAACCUUUGGCCUGGGCAGAGAGUUUACGUAGGUGACUGAUGUGAAUGUCCAUGGCAGCAUGCUUGAAUCUUAACUGGAUAAAAUCACAAACAUAACUUUUAAAAAUUAAUCAAGCCAAUCCAGCUGUUGUAGUUUUGAGGUGGUCAUAAUAAAUUGUUAACUUUUUUGUUGUUGUUGUUGUUAAACUUGUUAAUAUUUUAAGUUGUUAUAGAAUAAAAUGUUUUGCAGUUAA